AGAGAGAGAGAGAGAGAGAGAAAACUAUCAGACUCAGAGCUCCGGAGUCUUACUCUUCCAGCAUUUAUUUUUUUAUAGUCGUUAACACCAGGCUCUUCAUUAUGGGAAACUUUUUUACCUCCAUCCUAUCUCGUCUCAUUGAGAAGAGGCCAGUCAGAAUACUGAUGGUGGGUCUGGAUGCAGCUGGAAAGACUACGGUCCUCUACAAACUCAAACUGGGUGAAGUCGUCACAACGAUUCCAACUCUUGGCUUUAAUGUCGAGACAGUUGACUACAAGAACAUUUCCUUCACCGUGUGGGACGUGGGCGGACAGGACGUCAUCAGACGGCUCUGGAGACACUACUUUCAGAACACCAUGGGCCUCAUCUUUGUGGUGGACAGCAGCGAUCGUGAGCGCAUCCAGGAAGCUGCUUUGGAGCUGCAGAUGAUGCUUGAGGAAGAUGCGCUGAGAGACGCCACUGUGUUGGUUCUUGCUAACAAACAGGAUUUGCCCAAUGCGAUGCCGGUCCACGAGAUGACCGAGAGACUCAGGUUGCACGCACUGAAAGGAAGACCGUGGUACGUCCAGUCGACUUGUGCGGUAAUCGGAACAGGUUUAUAUGAAGGACUGGACUGGAUGGCUGCUCAGAUGUCCAAACGAUAAAAUUGCACAACAGUUACACUAUUUAUAUACGGUGUAUAUUUGAGGGGAUUGACUGUAUCUUGAGCACUUUAAGACGUUUUGCAAUUUAUUAUUUUUUGUAAAUAUCACUCACUAUGUAUUUCAUUUUUGAGCAUUGCUUACUGUGCCUUUAAAAUGAUUUUUGUUGAAUUAAAUGUAACAUGCUGAUCUAUAAUAUAUAUUUCUAUGACUGUAAAGCAUUAAAACAAAAAGCUAUUUAA